CUGAGUUGGAACGUCACACGGACUGGAAUCAUCUCCUGCUACAAGACCCAUAUCUGUUCUACAUCCCAGACACUUUGGGCAGCAAUACGGCAGAUCUGCCAUUGUCUUGCGUUGUGUGUCGUGCAGAAUGAUCUCGCAAACACCCUCAUUUUGCUUCGGCCUUACCAAAAUUGAUGGAUGUAUUCUGUGGCGGUGGCGGUGUUUCACAAGCCUUCCAGUUGGCAGGAGUUGCAACUCCUCGCUGGGGUAUUGAUUCUUCACGCUCUGCAUGCGAAACUUUUCGAUGCCAAUACCCAGAGGCCAGAGUCUUUAAUCAAUGUGAAGUGGACAUCAUGUCCAUAACACCACCUUCUGCUGGUUUCUCGGGUUUAAACCGAUUUCGCUCGAGUGGUGACAGGAGAAACAUGUUGAUAGCGUCAGGUCUCUCGCUUGUGGAAUGCUUCAAGCCUACAUAUGUCAUAAUUGAGAAUGUUAUAAACAUGGCGCGCUUCCCUUUGCAGGGUAAAGACGCAAAGAAUGGGAAAAUUGAAGGCGGAAUAAGUUGGGGGGUCCAUAAAUUCGUCAUCCGCACACUUCUAGAUCUUGGCUACCAGGUGCGAUUUGGAAUACUUCAGGCUGGAUUCUUUGGUGCGCCACAACGCCGAGAGAGGAUGAUUUAUCUUGCAUCUCAAGGGCAUGCAGAGCUUCCAUAUUUCCCGUGCGCUACGCACCAAUUCCCGCAGACCCACCACAUUUCACUACCAAUCUACCAACAAGUACCAAACAGUGACACCGGGUAUACGUGCUACGCUCACCACCCAGUGACUGUUGGUGACGCAAUUUCGGACUUACCAGGAUUCCAUUGGAAAGACCCUCUUCCUCAAAAUAAUGCUCCAAUGAGUCACACAGCAUUUGAUGACCUUGCAACCAUCACACCGAGAAAGGGCCAAUUCUGAGUGGAUGCGGCUUGGAUCAACUAAAGUCACAUACCAUAGAACCAUUGUUUACGGAGAACUAACGACUUCAAGGUC